GCUGCCCCUCGGCUCCCUGCGCCCCUGCUGCGGCGGCUCCGGGCACGGUGGAGCGCUGGGAGCGAUGGCGAGCGCAGUUUAGUGGUGCAGUAGAAAGCACGAUCCGAGGUCAGGGCGAAAACGCGAGCGAGGUUGAAAGUUAGUGCCGGUGGACCCACGGAGCGUAGUUAAUUUGUAGGAGAAACAGCUCUGCUUGUAGCUGGCACGUGGAAAAGUCCCGGAUAGGUUUUGAGCUCAUUGAACGUGGGUUUGGGCACCGGCGGUGGUAUCGGUAGGAGAAAUUUAUUAAAUCGGGGUGCAGGGACCGUCUGGAGGAGGGAGGAGGCUCUGCGAGGCCGUGCUCUGUGCCGGGCAGCCGUCUCGUUUCAGUGGCACGCCAUGGAUACGACCGGCCACAGCGUCCUCCUCCUCCAGCAGCUGAACAUGCAGCGGGAGUUUGGCUUUCUGUGUGACUGCACAGUUGCCAUUGGAGAUGUUUACUUCAAAGCCCACAGAGCGGUGCUCGCUGCUUUUUCAAACUAUUUUAAGAUGAUAUUUAUUCAUCAGACGAGUGAAUGCAUAAAGAUUCAGCCUACAGACAUCCAGCCUGACAUAUUUAGUUACUUGUUGCAUAUCAUGUACACCGGGAAAGGGCCAAAGCAGAGCGUCAGCCAGAGCCGACUGGAGGAGGGCAUCCGCUUUCUCCACGCAGACCACCUCUCCCAUAUCGCGAUCGAGAUGAACCAAGUGUUCUCCCCGGAGCCGGUCCAGUCUUCAAACUUGUACGGGAUCCAGAUCUCGACCGCACACAAACCGGUGAAGGAACGUCUGGGAGCGAAGGAGAGUCUGCCCAAGGCGGGCGGCAGGUCUGCCGCCCAGGGCGAUCACCCGCAGCUGCAGCUCUCUCUGGCCAUCGGCCUGGACGACAGCUCCCUGGACCAGCAGGUCGCUCGCCCCUCCGCUCAGCCUGCUGCUCUCACCAAGCCAGCAGAAGAGCAUCCGAAGCUCUCGGUCUCCAUAAAGCAGGAGAGGUGCGACUCGGAGCCCAUGGUGUCCCAGAGCUGCACCCCUCCUUCUCCGGAGGUAGCAAGCCCCAUCUUUGCGAAGGCCAGCCUCAAGGUGCACUUGUGUCACUACUGCGGGGAGCGUUUCGACUCCCGGGGUGGGCUGCGGCAGCACUUGCACACCCACGUCUCGGGCGCGCUGCCGUUCGGCGUGCCGGCCUCCAUCCUGGAGAGCAGCGACCUGGGGGAGGUGCAGCCUCUGGCUGAGGACAGGGAGGCUGGGGAUAGCCACCGGCUCGGGGCCUUCCUCCUCAAGGAAGAUGAGCAUCAGCUGGAGCAUCCGAGCUGCAGCGACCUGGAGCCUCUGCAGAUCGGCCAGCUCUCCCUCAUCUCCAAGGACCACGAACCGGUGGAGUUGAACUGUAACUUUUCUCUCUCAAGAAAGAGAAAAAUCAGUUGCACCGUCUGUGGCCGCACAUUUUUCCGGAAGAGCCAGCUGCUCGAGCACAUGUACACACAUAGAGGGAAACAGCACAAAUACAGCCGCUGCCAGCGGCUGGGGAGCCCCGCGACCCCCAGGUUUCAUCCUUACUGUGACAGCGAGAGCGUGGGGAAGAGCUCCAGUUUAUCCCGAGACCACUUAGAUGAAUGUGUACUGGAGUCGGAUCUCAUCCAAGAAAGCGUUGAUACAAUUCUGGUAGAGUAGUUCUCUCCCUGUGUAGCCUUCAGAUGCUGAAACUCUGCAUAUUUUGGCAUUUUCUACCUAGUGAGCAGCUGCUCUCUGCAGCUGAUUUUCUUCAACCACCAUUCCCGUCACCUCUGAGAUAACUGUGAAGACCUGCGCACUUCGAUUUGUGUACUUGCUUUUUUACUUCUCUAACUUUUAAACUCAAGCUAAUUCCCAUCUAAGUCCUCCUUGGAAGCCUCCGUGUAACUCAGUUACAUUUUUUGUAAAUGUGAACUUAUUCCUGCUCUGCUUUACUAGAGUUAAGACUGUAUUGCUGGGUGUGAGGUUUAAACAUCAUCUAAUAUGCUGCGUGGUGCCUAGGACUGUUUGUAUCCCAUAGAAUUGCUCUUCUGAAACUAGAUGGAGGGAAAUGUAGAGGGAACUAUGUAUUGUGUUUCCCAAACAGUUUGUUUUUAAUUAAAAUAAAUAUCUCAAGGAGA